CCGCGUUGAGGAAGCAUGAUGUUAAUAAAUAUCAGCACUAUGGGUUUAACAGCAGCUUCAAGUUUAAAGAGUUUAAGAUGUCAGAUGUUUAGAGCAGCCUGUGUCAGUAAACGUUAUAAUGUUCAAAGUCUCUACAGUGUCUCCAGAUCAACACAGUACCAGACCAACACACUGUUUAGGACAUGUAGGACAGCACCGUGUGUGUCCCUUCUCAACACGCGGACGCUGUCCACUCUACCUCCACCUCCCUCAUCUAGCAGAGACAAAUCCAACAACAAGAAGACUGGUCCAGUUACAUGGAAAUCUCUUGCUAUCACAUUUGCGCUGGGAGGAGGUCUUCUUCUAGGGAUGAAAUACUUCAAGAGAGAAAAAGAGGAAAUGAUUGAGAAAGAAAGAACAAAGUCGAUGGGAAAACCAGCUCUCGGAGGUCCAUUCUCACUUGUCGACCACAACAAUAAACCCACGAAGAGUGAAGAUUUCCUCGGCCAGUGGCUGCUGAUAUAUUUCGGUUUCACACACUGUCCUGACAUCUGUCCUGAUGAACUGGAGAAAAUGAUUGAGGUCGUUGAUGAGAUUGAUAAAAUUAAAACCCUUCCAGACUUAACACCGAUUCUCAUCACCAUUGAUCCUGAUAGAGACACACCCGAAGCAAUGGCAGCGUAUGUCAAAGAGUUUUCCCCAAAGCUGAUCGGUCUGACAGGCAAAACUGCCCAGGUUGAGCAAGCGUCCAGAGCCUACAGAGUGUAUUACAGCCAGGGCCCAAAAGAUGAAGACAACGACUACAUUGUAGAUCACACCAUCAUAAUGUACCUGGUGGGACCUGAUGGCCAGUUUCUUGAAUAUUUUGGACAGAACAAGAAAUCCUCUGAGAUCUCCUCAUCCAUUGCAUCGUACAUGAGAAAGUACAAACAUGGAAAAUGAGUCAAAGUGCAUGGCUUCAGCACACACUUGAGUGUUUCUUUCUCUCUCAGAACACUGGCGUUACUCUGUGAAAUGUUCUAUUUAUUUGAAGUGAACCCUGAUUCACAAAAUCAAAGAUUCUGAGGCAUUCCCCAUUUUGCUGCAGCCCAACACAGUAACUUUUGUUGAUCUUUGUUAUUCAUUUCUGUACACAGGAAUGUAAUUCAAAGGAUUCAUCUUAAAUAAACUAUACGUUUUGAUUGCUAU